UCAUCGUCUCCCAUAUUUCUUCUUUCCUUCAUCUUCUUCCCUUCAUCUUCUUCUCCUUCUGUUUCUGACGGACAGAGAGAGACAAAGACGGAAAUUCAUAUUUCAAACCUUGAGUUCUCCAAUUUCUCUUCCAAAGAUGUCGUGCGUCUACAAUUACAACUCCGUGCUCUCUUUGGCUUCCUCUUCAAGAUCCAGAUUCGCUUCCAAACCCCGAUUCCACUGUUCCCUCGGAGGGACUGUGGCAGAACCCAAAAUUGCCUCUGUUGCAGAGCCGCUAUUGCUUAAUGCGGUUCGCGGGGAAGAUGUUGAACGCCCCCCCGUUUGGCUCAUGAGGCAAGCAGGGAGGUACAUGAAGAGUUAUCAAAUUCUUUGUGAGAAGCAUCCUUCAUUUCGCGAAAGAUCGGAAAAUGUUGACCUUGUAGUGGAGAUCUCGUUGCAGCCUUGGAAGGUUUUUAAACCUGAUGGGGUCAUUUUGUUUUCGGACAUUUUAACCCCUCUUUCUGGGAUGAACAUACCAUUUGACAUUGUGAAGGGUAAGGGUCCCGUCAUAUUCAAUCCUCUACAGACAACUGAGGAUGUCGACCAAGUGAGAGAAUUUGUUCCCGAAGAGUCAGUUCCCUAUGUUGGAGAAGCGCUGACAAUUUUGCGAAAAGAGGUAGAUAAUCAGGCAGCAGUGCUUGGUUUUGUUGGCGCUCCUUUCACCCUGGCGUCUUAUGUAGUUGAAGGUGGUUCGUCUAAGCAUUUUACAAAAAUAAAGAGAUUAGCAUUCUCUCAACCCAAGGUGCUUCAUGCAUUGCUUCAGAAAUUUGCUACUUCCAUGGCAAAGUAUGUUCAGUACCAAGCGGAUAAUGGAGCUCAAGCUGUUCAAAUCUUUGAUUCAUGGGCCACAGAACUCAGCCCUGUGGAUUUUGAGGAGUUCAGUCUGCCUUACCUGAAGCAGAUUGUGGAUACGGUUAGAAAAACCCAUCCAAAUAUCCCCUUAAUCCUUUAUGCAAGUGGCUCUGGGGGCUUGCUUGAGAGAUUGGCUUUGACAGGAGUUGACGUCGUUAGCUUGGAUUGGACCGUAGAUAUGGCUGAAGGUAGGAGGCGACUAGGACAGAAUAUAGCGGUGCAAGGUAACAUAGAUCCUGGUGUUCUUUUCGGUUCAAAGGACUUCAUCACUGACCGAAUAAAUGAUACUGUGAAGAAAGCCGGCAGGGGAAAACAUAUAUUGAAUCUUGGCCAUGGAAUUGUAGUAGGUACACCUGAGGAGAAUGUUGCACAUUUUUUUGAGGUUGCUAAAGGAAUCAGAUAUUGAAACAGAUUCAAGAUUAAUUCAAUUUCUUCUUAGUUUCUUUGUAACUAUUAGUUCCAUUCAUGUACAGCUCUUAACUAGGGCGGGAAAAAUUCAAACGAGAUGGAUAACGCGUAACCCAAAUUUUGAUUAUU